CCUCUUCAAUUCAAAACAAUUCACAUCUUUCUGUCUUUACACCAUCAACAAUACAAUUCAACUUCUUACUAUCUCCAUUUCCUUCACAUAUACAUAAAAAAGCAAAAAGCUCUCUUGGUUUGCUCUUUUUUUUUUCCUCAGCUUUUAUAUUUUGAGCUGCUUUUAGAUAUGGAUGAGAUUGAUGUUCCUUCAUUCUUUCUCUGCCCGAUUUCUCUUCAAAUGAUGAAAGAUCCAGUCACGGUGUGCACGGGGAUUACUUACGACCGUGAGAGCAUCGAGAAAUGGUUGUUCUCAGGCAAGAAUAUGACUUGCCCUGUUACCAAAAUAGAUCUUUCGGAUUCCGAAUUGACUCCCAAUCAUACUCUUCGCCGAUUGAUUCAAUCAUGGUGCAUCAUGAACGCUUCGCUUGGUAUUGAAAGGAUUCCAACUCCCAAGCCUCCUAUCAACAAAACCCAGAUCCAAAAGAUUCUCAAAGAUGCAAAAUCUCCCGAAUCCCACCUCAACUGUCUCCGAACCCUCCGGUCGAUUGCCGCCGAGAGCGAAACUAACAAACGCUGCAUCGAAACUGCCGGUGCCGUCGACUUCUUAGUUUCGCUAAUCGUGAACAACAUCAAAGCCAUUAAUUCCGAAACUUGGGAAGCUAUAAACGAUGGAUUCGACUUGGCAAGAACAACCGAAGAAGCCUUAUCUACAGUCCACAAUCUCGGACUGUCAGAUGCCGUACUGAAAAACCUAGUAGCUAAAAAUGGAGAGUUCGUGGAUUCCUUGACGAACAUCCUUCAACAUGGAAGCUACGAGUCUCGAGCUUACGCGGUAAUACUAUUGAAAUCAAUGUUCGAAGUCGCCGAUCCGAUGAGAUUGAUCGCUUUGGGAUCGCAAUUCUUCGUCGAAUUGGUUGAGCUUCUGAAGGAUAACAUUUCUCCUCAGGCUUCUAAAUCUGCAUUGCAGAUGCUAAUUCAGCUUUGUCCAUGGGGAAGGAACAGAGUCAAAGCCGUCGAAGCCGGCGCGGUGUCGGUUUUGAUCGAGCUCCUUCUUGAUAAUAAGGAAAGGAGAGCUUGCGAGAUGAUGCUAAUGGCUCUGGACAUGCUAUGCGGCUCCGCCGAAGGCCGAGCCGAGCUGUUGAAGCACGGUGCGGGUUUGGCUGUGGUGUCGAAGAAGAUACUUAGGGUUUCGCAGGUCGGAAGCGAGAAGGCCGUGAGGAUUCUUUACUCGGUUUCGAGGUUUUCGGCUACUCCGGGUGUUCUUCAUGAAAUGUUGCAGCUUGGUGUUGUGGCGAAGCUGUGCUUAGUAAUUCAAGUUGAUAUUGGAAGUAAGACUAAGGAGAAAGCUAGAGAGAUACUGAAAAUGCAUGCAAAGACAUGGAAGAAUUCCCCUUGUAUACCAAUGAGUUUGCUUUCUUCAUAUCCAGCUUGAGAAAGUGAAACUGAAAACUUUUCUAAUUUUAGGGUUUUUUUUUUUUCUUGUACAAAAUUUGAUUGAAUCAUAUAUCAUAAAGGUAUUUAAAUUUUACUUCUA